ACAACUGAGCGGGAUGGAGCUACGGAGCGGAGCGGUGGCAGCGGACAGGCCGGGGUUAGGCCGUUGAAGACAGGCCACGAGUGCCGACCGCCCCCCCCCCCCCCUUCCCCUACCCUUCCCUCCCCUCCCGACGGUGCGAUGAGGAUGCCGGCGGCCGAGGCGCUGCCCGGCCCGCGACGGGAGGCGGGGGAGCGGCGGCCGCAGUAUGAAGAGGUGGCCGUCGUGUGGGGCCGGCAGAUGCUGCUGUGGAUUAACGUGGCCAUGAUCGCAAGUCGCUGAAAGAUGAGCGAGGAGGCGAACCAGACCGACGAUAGUUACUUUGCACGCGUGCGAGCAGUGGUGAUGACCCGUGAUGACUCGAGUGGAGGUUGGGUGCCACUGGGAGGGGGCGGCCUCAGCUGUGUCACUGUUUUUAAAGUUCAUCUGGAUGACUGUGCUUGUGAUGAUUUUCUUAUCCGUGGGGAAAGGCUCCGGGACAAAGCGGUGGUUUUGGAAUGUGCCUUGAAAAAGGAUCUAGUUUACAACAAAGUUAACCCAAUAUUUCACCACUGGAAGAUAAAUGAAAAAAAGUUUGGACUUACCUUUCAGAGUCCUGCUGAUGCUAGAGCAUUUGACCGUGGAAUUCGCCGAGCUACUGAAGCCAUCUCUGAAGCAGGUUGUCAAGAAUCUUUCAAUGAAGCAACAGUCUCAGAUGAUAGCUUUCAACUUCCUCAAGAAAAUGAUGCUGAUUCUUUGAAAAGAAAAGAGAGAGUUUUACGAAGUGACACUGUGGUGACCAAUGAACCUUGCAGAAGCUGCUACGUUAGAACCCCUCCACCUGAGGAAUUCAAUUCUCGAAGAUUGUAUUUUCCUGCUCAACAGAAUCAGAUCACGUUAAAAUCAACUAGACAUGUCAGCUUUCAAGAUGAAGAUGAGGUGGUGAGGAUAAAUCCUCUAAAAGAUGUUUUGAUUAGGGGCUAUGAAGACUACAGACAUCCCAUUGUGCGAAAGAAUGAUUUGGAAACUGAAGCAGACUCAUAUGUGUGUUUUAAACCUGAAUCUAAGAAACAUGAUUAUGUAUAUCCUUCAGUGCAAGGGAUGGAAUCUGACUCUGUUAAAGAUUCAAAAGGUUCUAUUGUAUUCAAAGCACAGCCCUCCACUUCACUAAAAUCAAAAAAAUCAAAACGAAGGAAAGAGGAUGGAGAGCGCUCUCGGUGUAUAUAUUGUCGAGAUAUGUUUAAUCAUGAGGAGAACCGAAGAGGACAAUGUCAGGAUGCUCCAGACCCAAUCAAGAAGUGCAUUUAUCAAGUGAGCUGCAUGCUGUGUGCUGAGAGUAUGCUCUAUCACUGCAUGUCGGACUCUGAGGGAGAUUUCUCUGACCCAUGUUCAUGUGACACUGGUGAUGACAAAUUCUGUUUGCGAUGGCUGGCACUUAUAGCCUUGUCUGUAAUUGCACCGUGUAUGUGCUGCUAUCUCCCUCUGAGAGCCUGUCACCAUUGUGGUGAGAUUUGUGGAUGUUGCGGAGGGAAGCACAAAGCAGCUGGAUGAUGUGACCAGUUGGAGCCAAGCUGUGCAAAUAGUUUCACUCCAGAUGACAUCAAUCCUGGCUCAGGAGGGUUUUUGCCCCUUUGGCAUAUAAAGCCAGGAUCAGUUGCAGAGUUGUGCAAGUUUCCAAGUCUAGAGGAGAAGUGAUGUGUUUUAAAUGAUAAUAACAUUUCUCAAGGCCACCACAUCUAAUACUUCGCAUGGCACAGCCUAACUCAAGAGAUCUUGUGAAGCAGAGAGAUAUUUAGCUGUUAAUAGUGAACACUGUAUGUAAUUAUGCAGAAGGUAUUCAUUUUGCAGUUUUGUACAUUGAAUUGGCUAUGGGGCCUGGUGUCUCACAUGAAGCUUUUAAUGCAGAGACUCGCGUUUCAGAUUAAAAACACUAGGAACUGGUUGAUUUUUAUUCAGAAAGAUUAUUUUAGAUUUUGGUUCUAAUAAGUAUUACUAAGUGCAUUUACGGAAUCACUUAUCCAGCAGCACAGAUGAAUUUACUGUCUGAAUAAUUACAAAUUAUUUAACACAUGUAAAGUGUCAAAUAACUAAAUUUGAGAUAUGGCUUGUACUUGAAGAAAUGUAAUCUUUCUGUCCUACAUCAAGAUUUUGAUAUGUAAUGGACCAUAGGUACAUCAUUUUAAUUCAUUGUAAUGUGCAUGCAUGCUUAUGAUUUUGUGUUAUUUUGAAUAUUAUUCCACCUUCCCCACAAAAAAAACAUAGAAUUCCUGAUCUUAAGAUGAUUAUGUGAAAUUUAUUGAAAGUUACGAACAUAUUUAGAUUUCUAGGUAAAUGAAAAACACUUCCAGAUUUUUGCACAACCAGCAAGUUUUCUGUCAAUGGCCCAAGAAAUUAAAAGUCUUAAUACAUUGAUGUAACUGGGAAUCGUAUAUGCUAUUCAAAAUCUAAAAGAUUUUAGUCAAUUCACACAUUUCAGACCUAGCAUUAUCUCUGCAGGCUACAAAAACUAUAUGUGUCAUUUUGGAAAAAUCUUGUUUUAAGUUGUAAAUUAUGUGUAUGUUAGAACAUUUAAAAGUAAUGAUACUAAACUAUGCUAAUUUCAUUUGUUCUGAGAUUAUAAAGUCAAAUGCUUUUACUUUAAAAAAAACAACCACUAGAUGUUGAUUUCCCUGGAUAAAUUUUGCACACAGACAUAUCUGCAUCUUUAGUGUAGAGUGGUUCCUGUAAAAGUGAAUGUGGUUUUGUGCUAAUGUGAUGAAAAAAAUGAAUUGACAAUGGAGCCAUGCAGACUGCAAGGAACUAGGCCUACACAAUGGAGAAGACAGAUUUUGACAAUGAAUGGAUUAAAUUCUUGAGUUUAAUAUGCACAUUCAUUUUCUCUGAAUUAAAAAAAAAUCAAUGUGUGCAUUCUUCACUUUGUGCAGAGCCUAUGGUUGUCAAGUAAUAUGUAGAAUAAACAUAAAUGCUUCAAUUAGGGGACAUGGGCACAUUUCAUUUUAUAUGUUUUUUCUACAUUUUUUCAUGUCUGAAUUUGAAGGGGAAAAUCAAGCUUAUGUGGUUGUGGUAGGAUCAUCUUUGGUCAAAGGUUUAAUGCUUCUAAAUAUUAUAUUUAUUCACAAGAAAAUUACAUUUAAAAUUUAGGACAAGGGUAAAGCUACUUGGCCAAGUUCUAACUUUUAAAUAUGUAAAUAAAUAAUCCCAUUUGUAAAAUAUUUCACUUUAGAAUGCAUUUAUUUAUCAGCUGUGAGUAGAUGGAAUGAACUGACAGCAUUCUGUACAUAAGCCAACUUUGAGUAUUAUUUCACAUUGAAAGUAGAGGCUAAAGAUAUGAGACUGAAUUUUAAAGAGCUUGUUUCUAGUUUUGUACCUAAUAGAAUGGCUUCACAAGGAAAAUUGUGGUGAGGGGUAGUAAUUUCUAUUGCAGUUUUGAGUACGUAAUUCUUCAUUAUACAAUUCCAUCCAUGCUUUGAUUUCAUUAGUUCUCUGAGCAUUAGGGGAUUCAAAACAACAAUUGAAUUGUGCUUAGAGUACUGCUUAUACUGUAUUUCUACAUGCAUUUCCAUUGUGCACAUUUUGAAAAACAAUAUGUCCAUGCUCCAUUAAGUGCCCAUUAAUUUACCCUGACUUUUUUGAAACGACUGAAAGCUAGCUGAGGAAAAGGGUCUGAUUGACAUUUCUUUAACUGCAGUUAUAACCAUCCACAUAGCCUUAACUAAAGCUAAGUCUUAUCAAUUAUUGUAUCCGAAACUGAAAAUGCUGCAUGAAUAAUGUCGACUAGAUAGGAUUUCUGUCAGAAGUUGUCCAAUAAUGCAAUAACCUGAGAGGAAAUUCUUAAUGCACGGAUUUCUAAAUAUUCCACAGGUUUCCAUAUUUCAUCCUUUAUGUAUUUUCACCUGUACAUCUCGGCCAGUCUCAUUAUACCUGGGAAUCCCUUACAUAAUCAAUGUUUUGCAUUUACUGCUAAUCUGGGGUUUGGUCAGAAACCAGUGCGUUCAUCUUCUUUUUCGCAUUAAAUGGAUAUUAAGAAGUACUUGUAUCUGACUAAAUCAAUUUCAUUUUUCCAAAUAUUGUUUUAGUCAUAAUUUAAACACUGAUCUUUAAAUUGAAGGCAGAGCUUGAAAACGUUUUUUACUAGCUGUCUGGAAAAAUAUAAUUUGCCAAUUGUUGCACUGCCUUAAACCUUAAGUUCAAUUUCUCACCCUUUCACCUUUCACUCAUGUAUUGAUGUUGCCUUUCUUGUGAUUGUGUAAACAUUUUUAAAGUACAUUUGUGAAAGUGAACUGGUGCACAAAUCAAAUAGAUUUGCACAUGCAGACCAUUCUAUAUCUUUCUGCUCUGAUCGUGCUUGCUUUUUAAUUUAAAAUCAGCAUGCUUCAUUUCACACUUUUUCCGAUGUGCAGAUGAAAUCUGAGUUUGUGACUUUUUAAACAAAGAACCUUUAACAGAAAAAAUAUUAUCAUAGUGCAAAUCAUUUCCUAUUUAAUUUGGAGUGGAAUUUUACCUGUUAAACAUUCAAUAUAAUCUUAAAAUGCUUUAUAUUAUUUUCUUUUGGGUCCAGAGAAGAGCUGAGUGUGCUAACACUAUGGAAUACAAGAUAUGAUUAUCCCCAUAAGAACAACUUGCUGGCUGUUGCAAAGUGUUAUUUGUUGUUAUAGGUAUAGUCUGGCCUAAUAACGAGCAGGCACUACUAACUAAUAUUGUGCAUCUAGCCAUGUACUGAGUUUAUAUGCAAUGUCUGCUUUAUAGUUUUAAAGAAAGCCUAAAAGGCAUGCUAACAAUGCUAAUUGACCCCUCUGAGUAUGGAUGAUAUUUAUUCCACCCUUAUCUUUUCAACGUCAUUAUGUUCUAAUUCCAUUUUUUUGUAAAUGUUUAUGCUUUUUAAAUGAGAGAAAAUCUUAAUCUACAGAAUGUCUAGUAAUUUUUGAUUUUUCCCCCCCAGGUUCUGUCUAUUAUUUGCUUAGUGCCACUUGCUUGAUACCCAGCCAACUUCAAAAAAAAAAGUGCCUCGCUGUACAUUUAAAAACUCCUAAAUGUAACUGAUAUUGUAC